AAUAUUGAUAUAUCUUACAGUAGAGUUUGUCUUUAGACAAGAACUUGCCUAGAAGACUAGUAUCGCAUUCAUCAGUCACUCUAUAUAGUACUAGUCCUCUAUUAGCACAGCGUGAUGAACCCCAGGGACUCAGCAAGAACGCCAAUACCUGGCAGAAUGCCUUACCAAAGGACAAUGACCGAAGACGAGCCUAAGAGUCUAACAGUUCCUAUUAUACAACUUCCCUCAUUAAAUCUCUCAGUGGGAUACAAACGGGGGCCUUACUUGAAUCAGGUCUUUCUUGACCAUCUCCGUCCAAGCAACGAAAAAUGGCAAACUUGUGGUCAGCAUAGUUGGUAUGAUGAAGAUCCGUUCUUUUUUAAAGAAAGAUUUUUCGAGGCCGUCGAUGCGUGUGCUUUCUGCCAAACCACCCGUGCUGUAUAUACUGCAAAAGCUGCACUGGACUUUUUAGUACCGACGCGACUGGACUACGUUACACCUGCGAUAGCUGAGGGAACACCACUCGUAGUCUAUAUUACGGCCGACAAUUUCUUCCAGUCUACAUGGACUUAUAAGGACCAGCUUUUCGGAGCCUCAUCUAAAUGGGCCCAGGGCCAGAUAUCGGAAUGUUUGAGCUCACAUGCGGACUGUCGUAGUAGCAUCUCUGUAGGUGCCUUAUUAGGCGCUCCUUUUACGCCUUCACGCCUAAUCAACGUCGGUAUUGAGGAGCUAGGGGAAGAUGUAGUGCUCGAGAAUAACACUUCCAUUCCUCCGGGAUCGGCUUACGUCGCGCUCAGUUACUGUUGGGGCGGCCACGACCCUGACUGUAUGACUACAGUGAACAGCUUAGAAGAGAACAUGCGAGGAAUCCCAUGGUCGAAGCUUCCGGCGACUUUUCAGGAUGCUGUUAGUUUCACACGCAGUCUCGGCAUCAAGUACUUAUGGAUCGACAGUGUUUGUAUAAUCCAACACGAUAAGAGGGACUGGCAUCAACAAGCAAAACUCAUGUGGAACGUAUACAAACAUUCCUAUGUAACGUUGGCCGCCUUGUAUGGUAGCUCAAGCAAAUCUGGGCUUCGUUCAAUGUCGAUGGAGGACGAAUUAGUUAAGGUGAUGGAGUUGUCACUUUACACUCACAGUUGGCCCGUUUACGCACGACUUCCCCAUUAUCUUCAAAAUGGUUAUAAUCUUGGCCUGCCCAAAGCGCCAGGAAGACCGUCACCUCUGCUGUCUCGAGGCUGGGCGUAUCAGGAACGCAUGAUUAGUCCAAGAGUGCUUUAUUUUACGGAAAACGAGAUUAUAUUCCAAUGUCUCACGCAUAGUGCUUGCGAAUGCGGCGCAAUCAAACACGAGGUCUUUCCGAACCUCAAGCCUCUUUUCAUACACUGGGGAGAUAUCGAUAUCUUCGAAAAUGAAAAUCAACUGGCCCUAGUGGAUACCAAACCAGCUGCCGAUGUAUGGCAAUAUAUUUCGACGACCUGGAGAGACGUUGUGGAGAAAUACAGCGGCUUGUUACUGUCUAAACCGGAGGACAGACUGGUCGCUCUUGGAGCUAUGGCAAAGCAGUUCCAAUAUUUGCGCGCCAGGGAAGCGUACCUGAUAGGUCUGUGGUCAGGAUCACUGAUCGAAGACCUACUCUGGAAGUGCGUCGAUUUACCUGUGAGGGAAAACAGACCCGAACGGAAGAAUGUCCUCAAGAGACCGUACUCUUUACCAACUUGGUCGUGGACAUCUUUAAAGAGUGCUGUUGACUUCGUCCAGGAGAAAGCUUUCUUCCAACGAAUUCUCGUCGCAAAUGUAUCCGAAGCCUCAUGUAGUUACGACGGGCACAGUUCCUUAGGCGUCUUAAAAAAAAGCCUGCUGAGAUUGCGAGGCAAACUGAUGUCUGCCAAGCUAGAGUGGCACGAUGAGACGAAAUGCAGCAUUUUCAUUCCACCUUUCGGGCCGUGGGCAAGCCUGAUGAAUUCAUCGAUCGGUCGUAGUCUCAGAAACUACUUCGAGACGAUUCACAUGGACCAUGAUGACAAUGGGUACCAAUGCUUGCCCCGGCGCCAGAAGGUUUACCUUCUUUGGAUGAUAGCCGACGUCAAAGCAAUCCACCAAGAAACAAUAUCGCGACGCUACUUAAUCCUUCGCCGUGAAGAAGGAGGCAGCAAUGUCUUUUCUAGGGCAGGUGUUGUGGAAUACAAAACCGAUAUUAUGGCACACACACCCAAGGAGCACGCCUUUGCGUGGAAUCUUCUCGAUCAGAAUAGUGUUAUGACAGAAUGCGAGAUUCGUUGAAAGCAAACUGUAACUUUAGCUUCUUAUCUUCUGGACACC